ACUGCGGUCCCUGUUUUUCAGCAUCCGCAGUGUCAUGCAGAAGUACCUGGAGGACCGGGGCGAGGUGACCUUUGAGAAGAUCUUCUCCCAGAAGCUGGGGUACCUGCUCUUCCGAGACUUCUGCCUGAAACACCUGGAGGAGGCCAAGCCGUUGGUCGAGUUCUAUGAGGAGAUUAAGAAAUACGAGAAGCUAGAGACAGAGGAGGAGCGCCUGGCCCGCAGCCGGGAGAUCUUCGACACCUACAUCAUGAAGGAGCUGCUGGCCCGCUCGCAUCCCUUCUCCAAAAGUGCCACUGAGCAUGUCCAGGGCCACCUGGUGAAGAAGCAGGUGCCUCCAGAUCUCUUCCAGCCCUACAUCGAAGAGAUUUGUCAGAACCUGCGAGGGGAUGUGUUCCAGAAAUUCAUCGAGAGCGAUAAAUUCACACGGUUUUGCCAGUGGAAGAAUGUGGAGCUCAACAUCCACCUGACCAUGAAUGACUUCAGCGUGCACCGCAUCAUCGGGCGCGGGGGCUUCGGCGAGGUCUAUGGAUGCCGGAAGGCCGACACGGGCAAGAUGUACGCCAUGAAGUGUCUGGACAAGAAGCGCAUCAAGAUGAAGCAGGGGGAGACCCUGGCCCUGAAUGAGCGCAUCAUGCUCUCCCUCGUCAGCACCGGCGACUGCCCGUUCAUCGUCUGCAUGUCGUACGCGUUCCACACGCCAGACAAGCUCAGCUUCAUCCUCGAUCUCAUGAACGGCGGGGACCUGCACUACCACCUGUCCCAGCACGGGGUCUUCUCCGAGGCCGACAUGCGCUUCUACGCGGCCGAGAUCAUCCUGGGCCUGGAGCACAUGCACAACCGCUUCGUUGUCUACCGGGACCUGAAGCCGGCCAAUAUCCUUCUGGACGAGCACGGCCACGUGCGCAUUUCAGACCUGGGCCUGGCCUGCGACUUCUCCAAGAAGAAGCCCCACGCCAGCGUGGGCACCCACGGGUACAUGGCCCCCGAGGUUCUGCAGAAGGGCGUGGCCUACGACAGCAGCGCCGACUGGUUCUCCCUGGGCUGCAUGCUCUUCAAGUUGCUGAGGGGGCACAGCCCCUUCCGGCAGCACAAGACCAAAGACAAGCAUGAGAUUGACCGCAUGACGUUGACAAUGGCCGUGGAGCUGCCUGACUCCUUCUCCCCCGAGCUCCGCUCCUUGCUCGAGGGGCUGCUGCAGAGGGAUGUCAACCGGAGACUGGGCUGCCUGGGCCGAGGGGCCCAGGAAGUGAAGGAGAGCCCCUUCUUCCGCUCCCUGGACUGGCAGAUGGUCUUCUUGCAGAAGUACCCGCCCCCGCUGAUCCCGCCACGAGGGGAGGUGAAUGCGGCCGACGCCUUCGACAUUGGCUCUUUUGAUGAGGAGGACACAAAAGGCAUCAAGUUACUGGACAGCGACCAGGAGCUCUACCGCAACUUCCCCCUCACCAUCUCGGAGCGGUGGCAGCAGGAGGUGGCAGAGACUGUCUUCGACACCAUCAACGCUGAGACGGACCGGCUGGAGACCCGCAAGAAAACCAAAAACAAGCAGCUGGGCCACGAAGAAGACUACGCCCUGGGCAAGGACUGCAUCAUGCACGGCUACAUGUCCAAGAUGGGCAACCCCUUCCUGACGCAGUGGCAGCGGCGGUACUUCUACCUGUUCCCCAACCGGCUCGAGUGGCGGGGCGAGGGCGAGGCCCCGCAGAGCCUGCUGACCAUGGAGGAGAUCCAGUCGGUGGAGGAGACACAGAUCAAGGAGCGGAAGUGCCUCCUUCUCAAGAUCCGCGGCGGGAAACAGUUCGUCCUGCAGUGCGACAGCGACCCUGAGCUGGUGCAGUGGAAGAAGGAGCUGCGGGACGCCUACCGCGAGGCCCAGCAGCUGGUGCAGCGGGUGCCCAAGAUGAAGAACAAGCCCCGCUCGCCCGUGGUGGAGCUGAGCAAGGUGCCGCUGAUCCAGCGAGGCAGCGCCAACGGCCUCUGACCCGCCCGCCCAUCCUCCUGCCCGCCCGCCCGCCUUUUAUAAACCUCUAAUUUAUUUUGUCGAAUUUUUAUUAUUUGUUUUCCCGCAAAGCGGAAAAGGUUUUAUUUUGUAAUUAUUGUGAUUUCCUGUGGCCCCAGCCUGGCCCAGCCCCCAGGGAGGGGCCUGCUUGCCUUGGCUCCUGCUGCCACCACCCCAGCCACUGUCCGGCCCCCCUCAGUCCUGACCCCCCAGGGGCCGCCCGCUCCCAGUGUCUUCCUGCGGGGGGCGAGCAGCCCCCAGCAGCCCUCCCGCCCCUUCCCCGGGGAUGCCGCCACACCGAGUUGUGCACCUCAGGCUCUGUGGGCUGUGCUCUGUGCCCACGGCACAGCUGGGUGGCCCAGCACCCCCCACCCCAGGGGAGGCCGCAGCACAGGGAUGCUACUUGAAUGUUCCCACUGCGGCCCCUCCUGCAACAGGGACACAGCCCUGCACUGUCCUGCCCUCCAGCCAGGGGUGGGAGAGGGGCCCGUUGUCUCCCAGACCCAGGGCCUCCCACAGUGAUCUGGGCCCCUGCACCCUUGCUCGAGAAGAGCCCCUGUGUCACUGACUGCCUCCAUUCCCACCUUCCCUGGACACUGGGCUCGGCCAGGAGGGUGGCGUUGGCAGUGGGUGCUGCUGCCCUCACUGUAGCCCCCCCCUUCCUCCCGCCGAAGCGCCCGGGCUCAGGGACCACAGAAAGGCCACUGCGGGUUGUGCCACACUGGCCUGGCCUGGCCCCAAGGUCCCCCUUUCCCCUCAUCUGCCCAGGACCAUAGAAGGGCCAGCAGCUGGCCGGGCAGCACAGCGAGAGGGGGCCGGGUGGUGCCAGCCCUUCCCCAAGGCCGGUCAGAGUGCCCCCGGGGCUGUCCAGCCCCACAGCCCCACGUCCUGUCAGUGCUACCGCCCACAGGGCGCCACCUCGCCCGCCGCAUGCCCCCUCGUGCCAGUCUCGCUGCCAUGUGUGGUGUCGCACCCUCUCCCCCGGGGCUGGGUCGGCGCACCCUCCCCCCAUCUACUCACUCCCCGGGGCAUUUCUUUGCCGAUUUUUGAAUGUGAUUUUAAAGAGUGGAAAAUGAUACUAUGCGUUUUUAUAAAAAAUGGUGCCUGAC